GACUGAGUGAUAGUAUCAAGUUUUUAUAUAUAUAUUGAUAGACAACAAGAAUUCACAAAGAGUAGAAGCAAAAUAGGUAUAAAGAUUGCUUGUUUUCUUCUCUUCAUCUCCGGAUCGUAGCUGUCCCCUUUUAUACUUUUCUCUUGGUUCUUUGCGGGUUUUAACUUAAUCUUUCCUCUUGGUUCUUUCUGGGUUGUAUCUAAAGGGCUACAAAGGAGAUUUGUUUGCUUUGAAGAGAGAGAAACAAGCUGUACUGCAUAAAGAAAUCUUGAAGAUGGCCGCCGCUUCAUCAUCUGCUACUUUCUUCGGCCGGGCAAGGGAAGAAAAUGAAAACCAGAUGAUACAGCAACGUUCUUCAACAACCACUUCCUCUACUGUUCCAACCACAGAACCGCCAAAGAAGAGGAGGAAUCAACCUGGAACACCAAAUCCAGAUGCAGAGGUGAUAGCACUAUCUCCCAAGACCCUAAUGGCAACAAACAGGUUCAUAUGUGAGGUAUGCAACAAGGGGUUCCAAAGGGAGCAAAACCUACAGCUCCACAGAAGAGGACACAACCUACCUUGGAAGCUAAAGCAGAAGACUACAAAAGAAGUGAGGAGGAAGGUUUAUCUGUGUCCCGAGCCCACAUGCGUCCACCAUGACCCUUCUAGAGCUCUUGGUGACCUUACUGGAAUCAAAAAACACUACUCAAGGAAACACGGUGAGAAGAAAUGGAAGUGUGAGAAGUGCUCAAAAAGAUAUGCUGUUCAAUCUGAUUGGAAAGCCCAUUCUAAGACAUGCGGUACUAGAGAAUACAGAUGUGACUGUGGUACUCUUUUCUCAAGGCGUGAUAGUUUUAUCACCCACAGAGCUUUUUGUGACGCACUAGCUCAGGAAAGUGCAAGGCAUCCUACCAGCUUAAAUACUAUAGGAACUAAUCUAUAUGGAAAUAACCACAUGAGCUUAGGCCUAUCUCAAGUGGGUUCCCAAAUUUCCCAGUUACAAGUUCAUCACCCAUCUGGUAAUAACAUGUUACGGCUGGGCAAUGCUGGGGCAGCUAAAUUCGAGCACCUAAUUCCUCCACCUAAUCCUUCUUCAAUUCCGAUGAUGCAUUCAUCUGGUUUCUUCAUGGGAGAUGCAAAUCAAGGACCAUUUCCAAACAAAUCCUUACAAGGGCUAAUGCAACUUCCCGAUCUUCAAAGCAACACUAACAACUCCUCAGCUUCCAAUCUCUUUAACCUUGGCUUCUUUCCAAAUAAUAGCAACGCUAGCCGUGUAAGUAGCAAUGAAAAUGCCAACACUGGAAGCACCAGCUUAGUGAAUUCCGGCUUCUUAAAUGCGAACCUGUUCAACAAUGUUAAUGGUGCUGACCAAGGGACAACACUAUUCUCCAGUAACAUGGGUGGUGAUCAUGUCGGAUCGGGUACUAUGUCCUCCCUUUUCAACACUUCAAUGCAAAAUAUCAGCCCAUAUAUGUCUGCUACUGCAUUGCUUCAAAAAGCCGCUCAAAUGGGUUCAACUACGAGCAGCAACAGUCCAACUAGUUUACUGAAAGGCUUGGGGAGUUCUUCAACAACCGGUGCUAAAUCUGUGAGGCCACAUGUUUCCACCAACUUUGGCAGCAGUUUCGGCAAUCCAACUGUAGGUGAAAGCUUAGAAACACAGAUGGAAAGUGAAAGCCAAUUUCAAGGAUUGAUGAAUUCUCUUGCCAAUGGGAGCUCAUCAAUUUUUGGAAAUGAACAGGAUAAUAGCUACACGGGGUUUAAUAGCUCAAAUUUUAGCAAAGUAGGCGAAGAAAAGUUACAUCAAAGUCUUGCAGGGUCAGAUAAGCUGACGUUGGAUUUUCUUGGUGUCGGAGGCAGGGUAAGAAACGUUGGUGGAGGGUUUCCUCAAGGGGAUCAACAUAGCAUGCAAUAAUAUAAGCUCCAUUGACCCUGAAAUAAAGUCAGGAACAAGCCUGUCAACCGUUUGCAUGCAAGUGCAAAAUUACAGUGAACGGCAUUUAAGAAGGAAAAUAACCAAACAAGGAAGAGGCAGUUUAGGUAUGGAUGUUUUUUUUUUUUUUUUAAUUUUAUUCAGCAUUAGGGACGCAUGUAGUAGGUUGAAUAUUCUGCAGGUCUUCAGGCUUCGCUAGGGUUUCAUCAGCAAAUGUUUCUCAAGGCUUCCUUCAGCUAAAUUACUGUGUUCUAAUUACCAAUUACUAUUUUUUUUUUCAAUGUGUAUAAUAUAUUUAUCUUA